AUGUUUAGACCAUUGAGGUUGAAGGUGCUGCUCGCUGCAGCCGUGGUCAUAGUCUUCAUCAUCACCUCAAACCAAAUUAGCUCCCGUCAUUCCCGCCUGGCUAUCUUCCCCAGCCCCUACCCCCCGCCCCCGCCCCCACUCUCCGUCGCCGUGCUCGAGAGCGAAGGCUGCCACGAUGAGGUCACCGCUGCCCUGGUCUACGCCUUCGCGCAGCAACCGCUUACCAAUGUCACCCUCUACUUGAAGAAGGCCAGGUUCGGGAUCCAACCAAUCUACCACUCGUUUUUCUCGUCAGGCCGACCAGGCGCGGACGCUCCUGUCCGUGCCACUUCGCGCGACUUCAGCCCGAGGAACCUGCAACAGGCCGCCCCGCAUGUGGUGGUGAUGGUCACGGGCGAUCGGCGCAUCACCUUCUUAACCCUGUCGCCCCACGUGCACCACUACUUGCUCAAGACCAUCACGCCCACUUGGAAGACCCUCAUCGACGUGCCGCCGCGCAUAGAGACCUUUGUCCCGGUCUUCCCGGUCGACCCAGCCCUGUCGUCAGCGACUGCAUUCAACCUCGGAGCCGAGGAGAUCGGCUUCGCCAUCCAGGGCAACGCCUCGCCUGGCCGCAGGAACUACACCAAGGUCGUACUGCAGCUGGCCGAGCUGCGGAGGCACAAGACCGCGCCCGACGUGCGGCUGCACCUGCUCAGCGGCAGCUCUGCCAUCGAGCAGGUCGCCAUCCCGGCCGAGGUUGCCGAGCACGUGGUGGUCCACCGGUCGCUCGACUACGCCGACUACUACCGCCUCCUGGGCCAGAACGUCGCGCUGCUCACUGCCUUCGAAUCAAACGCCUACUACUACGAGCGGGCCUCAUCGACCAUCCCUGCGGCCCUGAUCUCCGGCACCCCGGUCAUCGCCGACCAGCGGCUGCUCGACGCCUACUCCUACCUCGAUCGGUCGCUGGUGUGGUUCAGGGAGCCGGGCGAGGAGGAGAUGGACGUGGCGGUCAAGGUGGCCCGGGAGACCAGCGCCGAGGAGAGACGAGCCAGGAGCGCGCAGGUGCGACGAAAGAACCGGGACCUGUGCAGGGCCAAUGUCCAGAUGAUCGCCAGCUGGGUGCGGGAAACGGCGAACACAUGA